UUUAGAUUAAAUACUUAAUAUAACACUAGAUAAAUAGCUGUGUGUGGGAUUGCCGGUAAUACGAAUAAUGCUCGAACAGUUGGAAAACAUGGAUUCUAGCGAGAUGUCGAGAAAGGAACAAAGACGUCGCGUUGGUAUACUGGGAACCGGGGACUUCUCUAGGGCGCUAGCAAAACGACUCUUAUUUUCCGGAUAUGACGUCAUAUUGGGAAGCAGGAAACCGGAAAAGAAAGCGAUGUCCGCUAUUGACCAAUGUUUGUGCAAUGUUCAACUUCUAUCCGUCGAAGAGUGCAUCAAAAGCGCAUCGAUCAUUUUCCUGGCAGUCCAUUUCGAUAAUGUCAAGGAGCUUCUGACAGAACACGUCGUGAAACUCGAAGGAAAGAUUCUAAUUGACGUCUCCAAUAGAGACAGGCCCAGCAGCGUGACGUCGAACGCGGAGCUCGUCCAGAAAAUGGUUCCCAGCUGCAAGGUUGUCAAGGCGUUCAACGUCAUUUCCGCCUACGCGAUGGAGAACGACUACAACUCGAGCAGUAAACAGGUCUUUAUUUCUAGCAACAGCGAGCAGGCGCGAGAUGUGGUUGCCAAUAUUGCAAAGGACAUGAACUUUCGACCAGUGGACUUUGGAGGGCUGUUUGCUGCUCGAAGAAUCGAGAAACAUCCACUGAGACUUUUUCCGGAGUGGAGAGGCCCUCUAGGCUUUGCAGUUGGUGUGUUCAACGUUUGGUUACUUUAUCUCAUAUAUAUCUACUAUAUUGCGGACUCCGUGUACAAAUGGGAGCAACUGUUCGUCAAAGUGCUCAACAAAGCUAUUUGCAUGACAGGCAUAACUACUUUGUCAGUAACAUACUUGGCCAGCAGUUUUGCGACCGUUUUUCAAAUUUACUACGGUACGAAACAUAUACGUUUCUCGCGGUGGCUGGACAAAUGGCUGAAGGAAAGGAAGCAACUAGGUCUCAUAUCCUUCGCGCUCAUAUCAAUACAUGUGAUCAUGUCAGUGCUCAUCAUGUCCCCAACGUACUUGAGCUCCUGGUACCACAGCACUGAAAUCACCGUUCCCGCGAAUCUCACUGCGCCAUUUCAGUUCAAACAGGGCACGUGGAUGAACUGGAAAGGGGAGGCGGCUUGCUUGGUUGGCACCAUAGCCUACGUGGUAAUUUGUUUUAUCUGCGCCACUACGUUUCCGUCCGUCACGGACACGUUAAACUGGCGAGAGUGGCGGUUCGUACAGUCUAAGAUGGGGCACGCUGCUUUAUUGCUUUCUGUCGGACACGUUCUUGUCAUGGGGCUACCCGGAUGGCUGUUGAAGCCGCAUCUCAUUUACAAAUCUAUCACAUUCCUGUGUUCAAUUUUACCGUGGAUAACAUUAUUACUGAAACCUUUAUUUUCUCUUCCGUGUGUUGACCGGUACGUGAUGAAGUUAAGCAAAGGUUGGGAGAGACACGAGGACAAAUGCAAAGCAGACUGCGUUCGGCCCGUAAAGCACGAGGGUUAUGUUGCUAUAGACAUGAACGCGGACAAGCAGAUGUCGUGCCAGGAUGCGUGCGCAUGCCCUGAUGACAGGAUACCGAUGAUGAACAUUGGGGUCUCGGAUUGUGGCUGUGCUAGUGAUGACCUUGUAUUGAACGUUCCUUAG